GGAUCGGCCAUGAUCCGCACAGCAAGCCAUAGUCUGAUGGAUCUGACAAAAACGGGAAGAAGAAGAAUAAUAAUAAGAAGAAGAAGAAGAAGAAGAAGAAGAAGAAGAAGAAGAAGAAGAAGAAGAAGAAGAAGAAGAAGAAGAAGAAAAGAAGAAGAAAAGAAGAAGAAGAAGAAGAAGAAGAAGAAGAAGAAGAAGAAGAAGAAGAAGAAGAAGGAAGAAGAAGGAAGAAGAAGAAGAAGAAGAAAGAAGAAGAAGAAGAAGAAGAAAGAAGAAGAAGAAGAAGAAGAAGAAGAAGAAGAAGAAGAAGAAGAAGAAGAAGAAGAAGAAGAAGAAGAAGAAGAAGAAGAAGAAGAAGAAGAAGAAGAAGAAGAAGAAGAAGAAGAACCCUCUGUAGUCUAUAAUAACAUACAAAGAUAGUCAAACGAGUACAGACAAGGCAAGAGCAA